AUGGCCCUGAGGCUACAGGCCAGCCCUGUGCCUCAGCAGGAAGGAGUGUCUCCACCUCCCCCCAAACCUACCUCUUGGCCUCUCAGAGAAGUGGCGAUGGAAGCCACAAGGAGCCGGGCCCAGACAGCUUUGAACCUGGCGGAACAGAUCCUGGCAGAGUUCCAGCUGCAGGAGGAGGACUUGAAGAAGGUGAUGAGGCGGAUGCAGAAGGAGAUGGACCGAGGCCUGAGGCUGGAGACCCAUGAGGAGGCCAGUGUGAAGAUGCUGCCCACCUACGUGCGCUCCACUCCAGAGGGCUCAGAAGUUGGGGACUUCCUCUCCCUGGACCUGGGCGGCACCAACUUCCGGGUGAUGCUGGUGAAGGUGGGAGAAGGCGAGGCAGGACAGUGGAGUGUGAAGACCAAGCACCAGAUGUACUCCAUCCCCGAGGAUGCCAUGACGGGUACUGCUGAGAUGCUCUUUGACUACAUCUCUGAGUGCAUCUCUGACUUUCUGGAUAAGCAUCAGAUGAAGCAUAAGAAGCUGCCCUUGGGCUUCACCUUCUCCUUUCCCGUGAGGCAUGAAGACAUUGACAAGGGCAUCCUUCUCAACUGGACCAAGGGCUUCAAGGCCUCGGGAGCAGAAGGCAAUAACAUUGUGGGGCUCCUGCGAGAUGCCAUCAAACGGAGAGGUGACUUUGAGAUGGACGUGGUGGCGAUGGUGAAUGACACUGUGGCCACAAUGAUCUCCUGCUACUAUGAAGACCGCCGGUGUGAGGUUGGCAUGAUUGUGGGCACGGGCUGCAACGCUUGCUACAUGGAGGAGAUGCAGAACGUGGAGCUGGUGGAAGGGGACGAGGGCCGCAUGUGUGUCAACACCGAGUGGGGCGCCUUCGGGGACUCAGGCGAGCUGGACGAGUUCCUGCUGGAGUACGACCGCGUGGUGGACGAGAACUCCCUGAACCCUGGGCAGCAGCUGUACGAGAAGCUCAUUGGUGGCAAGUACAUGGGCGAGCUGGUGCGGCUUGUGCUGCUGAAGCUUGUGGACGAGAAUCUGCUCUUCCACGGAGAGGCCUCGGAGCAGCUGCGCACGCGCGGCGCCUUCGAGACACGCUUCGUGUCUCAGGUGGAGAGCGAUUCCGGUGACCGCAAGCAGAUCUACAAUAUCCUGAGCACGCUAGGGCUGCGACCCUCGGCCACUGACUGUGACAUCGUGCGCCGCGCCUGCGAGAGCGUGUCCACGCGCGCCGCGCACAUGUGCGCCGCGGGACUGGCGGGCGUCAUCAACCGGAUGCGCGAGAGCCGCAGCGAGGACGUGAUGCGCAUCACCGUGGGCGUGGACGGCUCCGUGUACAAGCUGCACCCCAGCUUCAAGGAGCGGUUCCACGCCAUCGUGCGCAGGCUGACGCCCAGCUGUGAAAUCACCUUCAUUGAGUCGGAGGAGGGCAGCGGCCGGGGCGCGGCCUUAAUCUCCGCGGUGGCCUGUAAGAAGGCCUGCAUGCUGGGCCAGUAA